AUGUACGGCGGUGGCGUACUCUGCCCGUCGCCCUCGACGGCGACGGGUUUCUACAAUCCGCGCGGCCAGGGUUCGGAGAUCGGUGCGCUCGAGCUGGGGUUCCCGCGGGGGAUGGCCCUGGUGCCGCCGCCACCGCACGGUCCGUGGCGCGAUCCGAGCAGUCUCACCGGGACCCACCUGCCGGUCGCCUCCAGCACGGCUUCGGCCGCCGGGGACGACAUCACCACACUGGGCGGGCAGGGUGGCCCCCAGGGCCAGACCGGUUCGGUCGUGCCGGGGAUGCAAACGUCCUCCUCGUCCUCGAGCGGUGGCGGUGGAGUGGCCCAGGAUAAGAAGGACUUCAUCUCGUCCUCGUCCGGCGGGUCGUCGAUCGGUAGCGUCGGUCAGCAUCCGUCGGUGACCGGUGCCGGCGGUACCGUGACGCAGGGCAAUGUGAUCGAGAAGAAAGAGUUCCUGUCGCUGCAGCAAAGCACAACGCCCGGUUCGCAGAGUAUGAACUCGCAGAACGGGCAGGAUCUGAAGAACCAGAACAUUGAGUGUGUCGUCUGUGGUGAUAAGAGUUCCGGCAAACAUUACGGACAGUUUACGUGUGAAGGCUGUAAAUCAUUCUUCAAACGCUCAGUACGACGGAAUCUCACCUACUCCUGCCGGGGCAAUCGAAAUUGCCCGAUCGAUCAGCACCACCGAAACCAGUGUCAGUUCUGUCGACUACGAAAGUGCCUCAAAAUGGGAAUGCGACGUGAAGCCGUCCAGCGAGGUCGAGUUCCACCGUCACAACCACCGGGCAUACCGUACGGCCAGUACUCAAUACCAAACGGUGACUCCGUGACCGGGUUCAACGGUCACUCGUACCUUAGUUCCUACAUUUCGUUGCUGUUACGGGCGGAACCGUACCCCACGUCCCGGUACGGUCAGUGCAUGCAGACGAACAACAUUAUGGGCAUCGACAACAUCUGCGAGCUCGCGGCCCGGCUGCUGUUCUCCGCCGUCGAGUGGGCCCGCAAUAUUCCCUUCUUUCCGGAUCUCCAAGUCACCGAUCAGGUGGCGCUGUUACGGCUCGUCUGGUCCGAGCUGUUCGUGCUGAACGCCUCCCAGUGUUCGAUGCCAUUGCACGUGGCCCCGCUACUGGCGGCGGCCGGUCUGCACGCUUCCCCCAUGGCAGCCGAUCGGGUUGUCGCCUUCAUGGACCACAUCCGGAUAUUCCAGGAGCAGGUGGAAAAGUUGAAGGCGCUGCACGUCGACUCGGCCGAGUACUCCUGCCUGAAAGCGAUAGUCCUCUUUACCACAGAUGCCUGUGGGCUUUCGGACGUGGCACACAUCGAGUCGCUGCAGGAAAAGUCCCAGUGCGCGUUGGAGGAGUAUUGCCGGUCACAGUAUCCCAACCAACCGACCCGUUUCGGCAAGCUACUGUUACGUCUUCCCUCCCUAAGAACUGUGUCUUCACAGGUUAUAGAGCAACUGUUCUUCGUCCGGCUGGUAGGCAAAACGCCUAUAGAAACCCUCAUCCGUGACAUGCUGUUAUCGGGCAGUAGUUUCUCCUGGCCCUACCUUCCUUCGAUGUGA